AUGGUGACGGAGCAGGAGGUGGAGGCCAUCGGGAGGACGCUAGGGGACCCCCAGCAGCCCCUGCAGGCCCGCUUCCGGGCCCUCUUCACGCUCCGGGGGCUGGGCGGCCCGGACGCCAUCGCCUGGAUCAGCCGGGCCUUCAGCGAUGACUCGGCCCUGCUCAAGCACGAGCUGGCCUACUGCCUGGGCCAGAUGCAGGACCGCCGCGCCAUCCCCGUGCUGGUGGACGUGCUGCGCGACGCCCGCCAGGAGCCCAUGGUGCGCCACGAGGCCGGGGAGGCUUUGGGCGCCAUCGGGGACCCAGAAGUCCUGGAGAUCCUGAAGCAGUACUCCUCCGAUCCUGUGGUCGAGGUGGCCGAGACGUGCCAGCUGGCCGUCUGUCGGCUGGAGUGGCUGCAGCAGCAGGGCGGGGAGCCGGCGGCGCCAGGGCCCUACCUCUCGGUGGACCCGGCCCCUCCGGCCCAGGAGCGCGACGUGGGGCGGCUGCGGGAGGCGCUCCUGGAUGAAGCCCUGCCGCUGUUCGACCGCUACCGAGCCAUGUUCGCCCUCCGGGAUGCCGGUGGCGAGGAGGCCGCCCUGGCCCUGGCUGAGGGCCUCCGCUGCCGCAGCGCCCUCUUCCGCCACGAGAUCGGCUACGUCCUGGGCCAGCUGCAGCACGAGGCGGCCGUGCCCCAGCUGGCCGCCGCCCUGGCCCGGAGGACCGAGAGCCCCAUGGUGCGGCACGAGUGCGCCGAGGCCCUGGGGGCCAUCGCCCGCCCCCCCUGCCUGGCCGCCCUGCGGGCCCACGCGGCCGACCCCGAGCGCGUGGUGCGGGAGAGCUGCGAGGUGGCCCUGGACAUGUACGCGUACGAGAGCGGGCCGGCCUUCCAGUACGCCGACGGGCUGGAGCAGCUGCGCUCGCCCUCCUCCUAG